UCUGUUCCAUUAGUACAUAACCCAUAUCAACACGGUACUUCUAAAACGUCGUCUCAUAUGGUCGUGACGGAAUCUAACCCCAGCUUCCCCUGGCCCACCAGUGGGACCUCGGCCUUAACUCGCCGCUUGCGACGAAAAAAUAACACAAAACAUAUCCUUUGAGCCGCCGCACAAGCUCCCGAGCUCACGGUCAUGGCGAUGGCGGAGGCGGAAAGCAAUGGCUUCGAGUUCCUGUCGGAUCCGGUCGACAGGUAUCUUCCCUUCACGUUUUCGCUGAUGGAUCUAUCCGGCGGCAAUUGCGUGCCCUCCAACGAAGCCAUUGAAGCUCUGAUCUGCGCCCCGUCCGAUUCCAGUAUGGGCGACGCUGGGGACAGAGCGCUGACAAUGGAGGCGGAUUUGAACAGUACUUGCGAUGAUGUGCCCCUGUCAGCGCCACCUUCAGAGCCGUCAACAGGGAAAGACGAUCCUCAAGGCACCUGGCUGGACAGAGAGGUAUAUCCUGUCACCCGCUCUGUUCCAUUAGUUCAUGUACUACCUUUGAAUUUUGAUUCACAUUGUCAGGUAUACUUGAGAAGCUAUUUCUGAAAUUUGGUUCAUCCAUGGCACAUAAAUUAGACCGCUGCCUCAGAAUUGAUUUACAUUGUCAGAUCUACCUGAGAAGCUAUUUCUGAAACUUGGUUCAUUCAUGGCACAUAAAUUAGACCGCUGCCUCAGAAAAUUAUCAACACUUCUCGAAUGUCGUUCAGAAGUUUCCUUCCGUACAGCUAACAAAGAGCCUGAACUAUGCAGCCCGUUCAUGGCACAUGCUUUGUCAUUUGAUUUGUACUAAAAAAAAUAUAAAUAUAUGUGAAAAUACAUGGGAGAAGCGCCAUCCAUGUUGCAAGGAAAAAAUGUGAUUUCCCGUGCACCGUUGAUAGUUGAUGCUUUUGUUGGUUCAGGCGGAGCUAUUUUCUGUACAAUUGCUAUAGGCAUUGGAAAAUGGGUUAUGCAUGGCUCAAUUUUAUUGUGCUUAGAUGAAAAUUUGAGUGGAUCACCUAAACCAUACCAAAAAAAAUGAAGGCAGCCUGAUUCAUCAAGUUUAUU